CUCAUUCCCUUACCCCAUCUCUCUCUCUCUCUUUCUCUCUGUCUCUCCCUGCUCUUCUCUUUUCUCUCUUUGCUGCUGCCUGCCUUCCUGCCCGUCCUUGUAGUUUUACAGAGAGGCUUUGCCUUCCUGUGAAAGAAGAAUCCACAUUGGCUUUUGAUGAUUUUAAGAGGAAAAUUCUAGUCUCAACGAGAUAAUUUGGUCACAACAAUUCAAGUCGGCAGCCAUGCUUCGAGAGAUGCAGGAGGUUGGCUCGCAUGCCAUGGAUAUCUACAACUACCUCUUGGCAGGAAUCGAUCCACGGCUGAAGGAAUAUCCACUGAUGCAGACUCCUCUUCCCAUGUCUGCUAUAUUGCUGUCUUACCUCUUCUUUGUAAUGUACUUUGGACCGCGCAUGAUGGCCAAUCGCAAGCCCUUCCAGCUUAAGGAAGCUAUGAUAGUCUACAACUUCACGCUAGUGGCACUGUCAAUAAUCAUCGUCUACGAAUUCCUGAUGUCUGGUUGGACCACAACAUAUACCUGGCGAUGUGACCCAGUCGAUACGUCCGACAGUCCUGAAGCACUUCGGAUGGUCCGAGUGGCCUGGCUCUUCUGGUUCUCCAAGAUUAUUGAGCUCAUCGACACGGUCUUCUUUGUGUUGCGGAAAAAGCACGGGCAGGUGACCUUCCUGCACAUCUUCCACCACUCCUUCAUGCCCUGGACCUGGUGGUGGGGAAUUGUCUAUGCUCCUGGUGGAAUGGGAUCUUUCCAUGCCAUGGUGAAUUCCACCGUCCACAUCAUCAUGUAUUUCUACUACGGCCUUUCUGCUGCUGGACCACGCUUCCAGAAGUUUUUGUGGUGGAAGAAGUACAUGACUGCCAUCCAGCUGAUCCAGUUUGUCCUGGUAUCUCUCCACGCUACCCAGUAUUACUUCAUGGACAGCUGCGACUACCAGUUUCCCAUGAUCCUCCACCUCAUCUGGAUAUACGGAACCUUCUUCUUCGUGCUCUUCUCCAACUUCUGGAUCCAGGCUUACGUGAAGGGCAAGCGCUUGCCGAAACAGGAUGUUAAUCAGUGUCAGAACGGCACAGCUGUCUAUAGCAACGGCAAGCACCACGAGAACGGCAUCAACCACGGCGCCAGCAACGGCUCCGCUCGCCAAGAGAACGGAAGCAGCAGUCAUUUGAGCAAGAUGAAGAAAGCUUAGGACCUCUGGAAGGAAACACCCAAGAAGUAUGACCAAGUGAACCUAUUAAAACUACUACGGAUUCCAAAGAUAGUUUUGGAUGUGUUUCUUUUCCUGCUAUUAGAUUUAAACACAACAAAUGGGGAAAUGACGUUGUCAAUGAUUUCCACAGUUUGGCUCCAAAAAUGUUUUGGUUGGAAAACAAUUUAUGGAACAAAAAUGUAUGAAGAGAAGAUGUUUUGACCAAAAUAUUAUCUUCACUGAUGUGGCAACAACCUCCUAGUUGCGUAUCGCUCGUGUGGCCUUUCACCCACCUGCCUUCACUACUUCUCUGACCCCCACAUCGCACUGACCUCCCCCUGUUGACAGAUAACUGUACAGUUUCUAUCAAACUUGAAAAUACUUUUUGUAAAUAGUUUUACAGCAAAAAAACAAACUAAUUUGUAUUGGUUUAGACUUUCUAAAUUUUGUUAUAUUGUGUAUUUAAAAAUUAAAUGCCAAUAAACUCAAUUUUGA